UAGAAAAAAACAAGCGUCUGUGUUUCAUUCGGCGUUGUGUGUGAUAUUAAAGUGACUCGAGUAUAUAAGUGAAAGAAAAUUGUAUUUGGUGAUUAAAAAUUGGGUGAAAAAUGGCACUUUUAGGACCGAAAAAGGAUGGAGGUCCAAAUGCGGACUAUUUUCAAUCACCCGAAUCGAUGCAAGGAUUUGAGCAAGUGCGACAAUGGCUUACGAAAAAUUGUAAAAAGUACGUACAAUCAGAUCCACCGACAAAGGAGUCAUUGUCACAAUUGUUGAUUUCGUUCAUCCAAUUUCAAGAGACACGAUUCGGAAAAGGUGCAUCAGAACCACCGACAAUGCGUUUACCGAUGCGAUGUUUUUUGGAUUUCAAGCCCGGUGGCAGUUUGUGUCACAUAUUUUCGAAUAUGUAUCGCUACAAAGCCGAUCAACGUUGGAGAAAAUUCGAAUUUAAUGUGACGAAAACAGCGCGCAAAGAUAAAGAUCCGAACAUUCAAAUGGCGACAGAAAUUUUGGAAAAUCUUAUUGAUCAAGAAUGUUUCCGUUUGCCAACUGCAUACAUUCGACCUGAAGUCGAAGAAGAAUUACGCGAGCAAAUAACUGAGAUACUGAAAGAGCGCCAAUGUGAAAUCACUGAAGAUGAAGAUCAGGCAUCGCAUAUCAUUUAUCCCGAAUUGGAUCCAUUACCAGACGAUUAUGCUAGACCAUCGUUUAAACGCGGAAAAAACGUCAUGAUUCAUUGGUAUUAUUUACCAGAAUCAUAUGAUUCAUGGGUGGCAAACACAUUUGAAUUGCCGGAAGAUGUUCCUGAGUCUAUCAAUACACCAUCAAACACUUGGCGUGUAACCGCUCAAUGGGUAUUGCAUUCACAAGAGUACAAUGAAUGGAUGGCAGAAGAAGAUUAUGAGGUGGACGAAAGUGGUAAGAAAGUGAUGCAUCGUCACAGACUAACCGUGGACGAUUUAUUGCAAAACGAUGAGAAACGCACGGUUAAAGUAGCAGGAAAGCAAAAGCGAAAACGAUCACCAUCACCACCAGCAAAAGGUGUGGGCAAACGUAAAUCUGGUCGUUCUCCAGCCGUCGUUCAAAAGAAAGCACGUGGUAAUCUCGAAAUUGAAGAUGAAGAGGAUUUAACACGGGACAUGGAUGAUCCACAACCAGAGACAAAUAUCACGGAAGUGAUUACAAAACCAUCGACAAACAGUCCAGCCACACAAUCGAAUAGUAAACAACGUGGUAUUGACAGUGACAUGCUACCACUGAAAGGAAGUGUGGUUGCUGAUUUGGAUGAAGAGGCCGAAAGAAGUGGUGGUUCAGGUACUCAAAACAAUGUGAGCGGCGGUGGAGAAGACUCUCAAACCGGUAAGACAAGCGAAAAUAGUAACACUCAAGAGUUUCCAAGCAAUCGUGAUGAUUUGGAAGACAAUGUUACCGAACAAACUCAUCACAUCAUUGUGCCAUCGUAUUCGGCAUGGUUUGACUACAAUUCCAUUCAUGUCAUUGAAAAGCGAGCAAUGCCAGAAUUUUUCAACGCCAAAAAUAAAUCGAAAACACCGGAAAUUUAUAUGGCUUAUCGAAACUUCAUGAUUGACACAUACCGUUUGAAUCCAACGGAAUACUUAACAAGCACAGCAUGUCGUCGUAAUUUGGCCGGUGAUGUGUGCGCUAUUAUGCGAGUGCAUGCAUUCUUGGAGCAAUGGGGUUUGGUUAACUAUCAAAUUGACGUUGAUGCACGUCCAUCGCCAAUGGGACCACCGCCCACAUCACAUUUCCAUGUGCUAAGCGACACACCAUCCGGUUUACAACCAUUGAAUCCACCGAAAACAACUCAACCAUCAGCGGCCAAAACAUUAUUCGAUUUGGACAAAGUUAAAAAAGAGAAGGAAGUACAAGUCACCGUUGAUGGACAAAUUGCUUCGGCUGCACCAGCAUCGGUAGCAUCGAGCAUUGCUGUAAAUGCAGCACCUGUGGCCGGUAUAGCGCCACCAAGUGCGGCCGCCAUCGCUGUCGGUCAGGUACCAAUAAAACCAGAGAUUUCCAUUGAACCGGGCGCACAUUUCGGCUUACGAAUGGAUCAGUAUGCAAAGAAACCGAUCGCAAUGCGAAACAAAAAUGCUGCCAGUAUGGCACGCGAAUGGACCGAACAAGAAACAUUUCAAUUGCUUGAAGGAUUGGAACUCUUUCGCGAUGACUGGAAUAAGAUUUGCGAACAUGUCGGUACACGCACACAAGAUGAAUGUAUUUUACACUUUUUGAGAUUGCCAAUCGAAGAUCCAUACCUUGAGGAUGAUUGUGGUUUCCUUGGACCGCUUGCCUAUCAACCCAUUCCAUUCAGCAAAUCGGGCAAUCCAAUUAUGUCGACUGUCGCAUUUUUAUCAUCGAUUGUUGAUCCAAGAAUUGCAGCUGCCGCUGCCAAAGCGGCCAUGGAAGAAUUUGCAUUGAUUAAGGAGGAAGUUCCACCAAACGUUUACUAUGCUCACUAUAAAAAUGUCGAAAAAUCAAUAGUCAAUGGAAGAUUUGAUCCGACCGCGGGACUGGCAAACAGUGGAAUUGCUGGUACAGCACCGGAAAAGGAAGACGAAGAGAACAAAAAUAAUGACGAAGAAAUGAAAGAUGUUUCAAAGAAGGACGGCGAUAAAGAGAAAGAGAGUGGUGAAAAAGAAAAAGAUUGUAAAAACACUGAUAAGGAAAAAGAGAAUGAAAAAGAGACGGAUAAAGAUAAAGAGUCGGAAAAACCGGCUAUCGAUGAGAAUAAAUCGAAUGAUUCUUCUUCUACUAAUGUUCCAGCAAAUGAAUCAAAUAAAAUGGAUACAUCAGAUAAGUCAGGCGAUGCCAAAACCAACGAAAUGGCCAUCGAAAAUGGAGCAACAGUGAAUGGAAGUGACAAAGAUUCAGACGAAACCCAUAAACUAUUCAACGAAACCGAUUUACAGCGUGCCGCUGCGGCCGCUCUCGCAUCAGCCGCUGUUAAAGCAAAACACAUGUCAGCACUUGAAGAGCGUAAAAUUAAGAGUUUGGUUGCAUUACUGGUGGAAACACAAAUGAAGAAACUCGAAAUCAAAUUGCGCCACUUUGAAGAAUUGGAAACAACGAUGGAAAGAGAAAGAGAAGGUCUCGAAUAUCAACGACAACAAUUGAUUACAGAGCGCCAACAAUUCCAUUUGGAACAAUUGAAAGCGGCCGAAUUUCGGGCACGACAAAAUGCACAGCAUCGAUUACAACAAGAGCAACAGGGACAAUGGCAACCACCAGCAAAUGCAAAUGCUACCAAUGUUCCGCCAGUAACGCAUCCAUUACAUCCGAAUGUGAAUGGACCACAUAUUCCACCGUCUAUACCAAUUCCACAGCAACCAAUCAAUCCAAGCCCAGUGAACGCAGUUCCACCGACAACGCAACCUAGUGAAGCACCUCAGCCAAUUCCAGCACAACAACAGCCACAAACGGUAUCCGUAGCACCGUCACAAAAUGUAACAGUACCCACAGAACAACCAGCAAGUGCUCCGACAGCGGAAGCACCACCGCCGGCAGCAGCAGCAGCCACCCCGACACCUAUUUGAAUGUGACACAAAAAAGGGCGUAAUUUGUCGGCAACAUUAUAGCACCAAAUUUCUAACUCUCUUUGACAGGAAUUCAAAAGAAUAAACAUUAUUUAAACAAAAUUAUAAUAAUUGCAAGUUUCAGACUAGAAUGCAUAACAUAGAACAUCAUUUAGACGGAACAAAAACGACGUUCAUUAUUUAAAUAUAGACAGAAUAGAUAUUGCUGAAAAAAUACCACUAAUUUAACAACUAUGAGAAAAACAAAAAUACAAUUCGCUUGUAUUGGCAUGUAUUUGCUCUAGAUAUCAUAUUUUUUUCUGCAUAAACAUACAUAUUAAUAAUAAAAUAAAUUCACUAUGUUUUUGUCAAUUUAAAAUUAAAAAGGUAAAAAAAAACACAAAUUUUAAUCUCAUUCUUAAGCAUUCAAAUCUAAAGAAAGAUCGAAUGGUAUUUGUAAUUAGUCAUAUAAAAAAAGAUUUUAGUUAUUUGCAAUGAUAUCAUAUUUUUUUAAUUUCAACCCCAGAAAAAUCAAACCUUUUUUUGUGCGAUCAAAUGACAGAGAAACAGAUUGGUUCGUUUUCCCAUAUUUGUGCCCCCAAUAAACAAUUCUUUUUUUUUAAUUUCGAAAUAAGCCCAGCAUAAUAAUAACAUAAAUAGAAAUUAUCAAUUGACAAA